ACUCAUUUCGCCGCCGUCAUCGUCGGACCGCGGAGGUGCGCGCUUCAGUCGUCUUUUCUGCUGGCUGGCAGAGUUUUCUGUAUGUUGCGAUAUCGUUUCGAGGAAGGAAACACGUCGUCUCUGUGCUCGCAGAAAAGUCCGUACAGUGCGGGUGAAAACGCACUCGAUUGUGUCGGAAAAUUGUCUCACCGGAUUGCCGGAAGUGCAUACGUCGCGAAAGUGAUAUUUUCAACCGUCGACGAAUUCGGCAAAGUGGCAAAAAGUGGAUUUUUUAUUGCCAGGGUCCUCAGCCUCCAUUAGCGAAAGAGUUUUCUUGCUGACAUUUUUUUUCGCUCAACCUCUCCCUCUCUUUCGCUUGGCUGCGCGGUCUUUUGGUGGUGGUCGUCGCACUCUCGCUCGCGUUUGCAGUUUGGUUGGCCGCCUUCUCGCGGGAGUAGUGAAGUGGUGUUGGUGCAAGUUUGGUGUGUGUUUUUUUUUAUUCGCCAUCCCUGGAUGCGAUUCGUCGUGGUCAAGAAGCUCGUCGGCGAACAGUGUGUGUAGUUUUGCAUCGCAUCAGCGGCAACAGCAAAAACAACAUCCCGAAGCAUCCAUCCAUCCAUCCAGCAUUGAUCGCCGGUGGUGGCGGUGGCCGCGGUAAAUAGCAGUAGGUCGCACCUCGUCGCGUUCUGCGUCGCGGUUUUGUGUCUAGUGAGCUGUGUGUGUGUGCAGUAGGAUUCGUCAUCGUCGGAGAGAAGGUGAAGACGAGUGUUGCGUGUCGCGCGAUCGCAAUGCACAGUGGGACGAAUCUUGCGCAAGAUUUAUGAGUCAAUUUUCUUGACCUAAGCAGAAAUACUGUAACUGGCGAGCGAACGAGCUGAAAAAUAGUGGCCAAAGGGUGCUCCAUCCAGCCAGCAGAAGAGGGCAGCAGCAGCCAGCAGCGGCACACCACCAUUGUGUGAAGAUAGUGUGUACAGUGUGUUGUUCGUCUUUUACCGAAUUUUUACACCGAGCUCGCCCGGAGCAAAAGAGAGCAGUGUGCUGCGCGAGGAGAAGAGAAGAACAAGAAGAGGAAGAAGAGCAGCGAUCCAUCGUUCAUCAAUCGAAAAAGUGGUCCCGUUUGCCCUUCGCACUGUGAGCUGACGUCGGUCCUGUUCUGUUUGGGUGUUGUGUGUACGUUUUGUCAAACGGGCCACACGCGCGAGUGUUAGUGGAAGUGCUGUUUUUUCCGUAGUUAUUUGGCGAAUCAGCCACACAAUCCCGGAGCCGUCAUCGCGAUUCGUCCAUCCAUCUUCCGGAGUUGGAACUGUAGUCUCCGCGAACAACAGCUAAUUGACUCUUGAAACCGCGCAGCGAUAUCAGCUCAGGAGCAGCAGUGAACACGCGGACGUGGCGAGAGGCAAAGGGUUUCGUUUCUUGUUGACCAUCCUGGGCGGCUCGCGGAAGGAACAAAGCAACGGGAGAGGAAGGAUUUAAUUUUCUUUUUGUAUUUCGGUUCCGGCGCUGAUGACGUACGCUGCGUUCGAGCUUCUGCAAGUUCCGUAGCAGUGCGGUGCUGCUACGCGCGCGCCCCGUAGUCCAACUUCUCGUAUCCUAGUUAGUUGUUUCACCCGCAACUAAUAUUGGCCACGGGAACGAAGCUACGCUGGUGGAACCUGGCGGCCACAAUGUCGGUGCAGCAGUACUGCCUACGUUGGAACAAUCACCAGCCGAACUUCAUCUCCGUCUUCUCGACCCUGCUGCACAAUGAGAGCCUGGUGGACGUCACACUGGCUGCCGAGGGCCGACAGCUGCAGGCCCACAAGGUGGUGCUGUCGGCGUGCAGUUCCUACUUUCAGUCCCUGUUCACCGCAAACCCCUGCCAACACCCGAUAGUGAUACUGAAGGACGUACAGUACAACGACCUCAAAACGAUGGUAGAUUUCAUGUACUACGGGGAGGUGAAUGUGUCUACCGAACAGCUGCCCCAGGUGCUAAAAACGGCAGAGAUGCUAAAAAUCAAAGGCCUCGCGGAAAUGCCGGACGCUUCCGCGGUGUGUAAGGCCGACCCGAGCAAGCUCGACCAUCCGGACCUGGUGGGCGCCGGUCUAGGUCCGGGUGGAACAGGCGGACCGGAGUCGAUGUGGGGCAGUGCAGAAUCUCAACAGCAGCAGGUCGCUGCCCAGCAGCAACAACAACAGCAAUACCACCAGCAGCUACAGGCCCAGCAGACACAGCUGCGAAGGACACCCUCCCCCACCACCAACAUGUCCCCGGCGGCACGGCGGAAACGGUUAAGGAAAACCUCGACCGGGUCGGGUUCGCUCUCUACCGAACGCAUCCAGCAGCAACAGCAGCAGCACCACCAGCAUCAGCAGCAGCAAGAAGAGCACGGUACCAACGCGGACGGAACGAUAAACAUCGUGCCGCAUCUGCACAUACAGCAACAGGUUGAUAACAUAUCGUACAGCACCAGUCACAGUGCACUAGCGUCGCUUGCGGGAGCAGCGGGCGGAGCUGGUAACAACAUUAGAAUAAUCAAGGAAAGUCCAAGUUCCGAUGUUGACCAGCAGCAGCAUGAAUCGUCGCAGGAGAGUGUGGACGAGUCGGGCCACCAUAUCCCCAGCAUCAUCAAAACCGAAGACUUGAGUGGUGUGACGCAAAACAUACCGAUGGACAUAUCCGCGACGUCGACUAGCGUGGCGGCAGUCAAUAUCCCGCAAUCGCAAUCUCAGCACAGCGGUGGGCAAUGGACUGUAAUCGAUACGAAUUAUUCGAGGUUCGGUAUCGCGUCGUGUCAGACAAAUUUGGGACUCCAGCAGCAGCAUGCACAGGCUCAGGCGCAACAGCAUGCGGCCGCUGCCGCCCAACAGCAGCAUCAUCAGCAGCAGCAACAGGCCGCUCAGGCAGCCCAAGUCGCCGCGGCAGCUAGUCAACAGGCCCAAGCGCAACAGCAAGCGGCGGCGGCAGCGGCAGCAGCUGCGGCGCAGCACCAUCAAGCGCAACAGCAACAGCAAAAUGAUAGCCAAUCGCUGAGCAACAAUGCAGGGGGUGGAGCCAACAGCAACAGCAGUAACCCGCUAUCGAAUGCUUCGACAACCAACUCCAAUGCUCCGACGCCGCAGCCUACUACGCCAGUACAAAUCUACCAGCAUCCGUUCUCACCGCAGAUCAUCUCCGUAAAUCCGAACAACAUGGUCAACAGCUACAGCUCGUCCAACAUCUCGACACCAACGUCACCGCAGGGCGGUAACGAGUCGGCUGUUGCGGCAGCCGCAAUGGUUCAGAGUGUGUACAGUCAUCCUGCAAAUACCAAUCAAACUACAAUCGGCACCACCAGUGCGAGUGGGACAACGACAAUUCAACCGGUGAAACGGAAAAGAUCCGUAAACCCGCAAGGCGACGAAAAUUUCCUGAGAGCAUUGGAGGCCGUGCGGUUCGGAGGUAUUGGCUUUUGCAAGGCCGCUCGGUUGUAUGGCGUGAACAACCGAACUCUAUGGUUAGAAUACAAGAAACGAGGUUACCCCAUCAGUAGGCCCAGUAUAAAAAGUAGGAUAAAGAUGGAACCCAAUAUUUCUCCUCCUCCCUCGACAACCCCCACUGGCGAUGAGAAUGCUUCGUUAGAACACUACGACACUUCGCUUUCCUCUCCCGCGCUUAACAUGACCCUGCAGCAGCAACACCAGCAACAACAGCAGCAGCAGCAACAAGCCCAGCAGCAAGCCCAAGCAGCCCAACAGCAGCAGGCAGCUCAGCAGCAGCAACAAGCGCAGCAACAGCAAACUCAACACCAAACGACGAACGAGAAUGCUGCAACGGCAGCGGCAGCGGCUGCAGCAGCCGCCGCCGUGGCAGCAUCGUCCGCCACUGCCCCGCUGAUGUGCCCGCCGCAUGCGCACCCGAUGGGAGUGAUGGGCUUCCUGGACACCCGGCACGUGGACUUUACGACGGCAGCCGCCGGCAUACACCAAAUGUCCCGGCAGAGGUACCCGGAUACGACCACGGUGAACAUGAACACCGGAGCGGUCAAUUUACAGGGCUUAAACUUUAACUCGAUGUAAGACUAGCGUCCGGGAUACAACUAGACUGGGGGUACUCAUAAAACAGAAGGGGGAGAGGGUGGACUUUGUCGAGAUGGUUGGAACUGUGAUUGGGAAUGAGAUGUACAAAAGUUGUACGAUUCGAAAGGGUUGAUGGGAACGAUGCAAUGGCGUUUGAUUCGAUUAUGUUAGGUAGGUGUUAUGAGCAACUAAUGUACAGCUGAUGUUAUGUACAGCUAAUCAAGGUAUGGACACAGUAUCUUAUGAUCUGUGAAAGAUGUUUCUGAAUUUUACUCGAAGUGUUUUUCGUACAAUUAUACAGAUUUUUUAAAAUACAUUUCAGACUAUUUGAAUUGCUAUAAUCUUUACUGAUUGUAAUUGCAAUACUUCGAGAUACUUUUACAAUGUGGUUAAAAAGAUUUAUCAAAAAAUUAGAUAGCAUACAUAAUACAUCAAUUUUCAAUAUGAAUAACGUUAUUUGUUUGUCUAUUUUUUAUGGAAUGAACACAUUCAAUACAAAUUUUCCGUUCCUAAUAUCGACUAUGUGUCCAAAAUUAUCUGAAAAACUAGAGAAAUAGUAGACUUUCUAAUGCUUUUUAUACAAGUAUAUAUUAUAAAAUCGAUUGAAUCGAACAGAAUUAGUUGAAGUCAUAUAUUUUUGUGUAAUGGGUACUUGAUACAAAAUUGAUUUGGAACUCUCAUCUUCAAUCAGUUGUGUAGAUAAGUUUCAAUACCAACCAACUAUGGUAAUGAUUACACGCAUUGUCCGUCCUAGGACUGCUUACGCCUCCCUUGUCUGGUUGCCUAAAUUUAACGAAGUUCUAGCGAUAACAUUAUGACAUACCGCACGAUGUGUUCGUUACUUCCCAUCUGGAAUGGGAAGAAGGUGGAGCCAGGGUUCCGACUGGUGCUACAAAGUGCUUCACACAUGGAUCCAAAUUGAAUAAUCUGACAGGCUCCGGAAUCUAUGGUCCAAAAACAAAAAUCUCUGUCCACGUCGGACAGUGACCCGCAGUAAUUCAGGCAGAAAUAAAUGCAAUUUCAGAAUGUGCGUUAUUACCUCAUGAGAAAGUAUAAACAUGUAUUUUCUGUGGUAGCUAAGGGAUUGACUAUCUAACUAUUGAGAAAUUUCUAUACGUUUACUUAUGUUGAAUCCCAUGUCAUAUUAGAGAGAGGCCUAGAGAGAAGCGAGAUUGCUGAUGCGCUAGAAAUGGAUCGGAAGAAAGGUUCAUUGAUCCUUUCUGUAAGUUCAGAUCUGUGAGCCGAAAUCGCAUUAAAUUUAGAAGAACGUCCCCUUAUGACCGUAUUAUCAAGAAAAUCAAACAUUUAUUAGGUUUCACCAAAAGAGAACUCGAUACCUACACUGAACACUGCUCCUGCAGAAAUCAUUCACAAAAGAUCGGAGCAAUACAAUCCACAAAAGGGCCGAUGCCCACGUAGCGUUUUUUCAAGCUGCAUGCACGCCGCGUCUACGCAAGGUACCCAGCAUCAAAUGUAGUCGUGCACACGUUUACGUGUGCAUUGCUCCAUUUGAUGCUGGGUACCUUGCGUGAACGCUGCGUGCACGCAUCGUAAAAAACCGCUACGUGGACAUCGGCCUAAAAUUGUCGCUUCUGUGACGAGCAGAGAGAAACAUAAAAACACCUUCUCUGCUUAUGCAGUGCACUCACCCAUCGUAGAUCCACAGUUCUUGGUAAGCCUUUUCUUGCUGACAGGGGGAAGCCCUUAUGGUCUAAUGCCGUUUGGCAUAACGACCAUUUGUCAUAAUGUGUUGAGUACCUCAAGGCCAUUUGGCAUAAUCAGGCUUGACAAAACUCCUAAAACUCGCUAGAGUUAAGUAACAUCAUGAUCAGCAAAAUGGUGCGUUCGUUCACGAAUGAGUAAAAGCGUACAUAAAGCAGAGGACCAAACGAACAGAGUGGCUCCGGCGCGACCCUUUCUAUGUGUUGAAAAUCGCAGAGGCUGUUUGAGUGUAAUUGAGAGUGAGUGACGCACCACAAGAAAAAGAUGAACGACAAACUCGCUUCUGUUUUUCGACGCAUAAGUUCGGGUUAGAUGAUGCUUAUUGUUGUGAGCAUUGAUGCUAAUUUCUGCUCCACAAAAAAAAACUCCUUUUCCACUCCGGCAUGAUUUUAUGACCAGCCUGGGAAUGACCAUCGUUGGGAAGAUGCGUCAAAUACGGCACAACGACUAUUUGAGUAUUAAUAUGAUUCCAUCUUUAGAAGUAUGUUUUUUCCCAGAUCCCCCUUCUUCAAAAGUACGCAUUUUCCAAAAACAAGGCAGAAGAGUAGAUGAUGCCUUCUUCAAAACUACGCAUUUGCCCGGAAUAAGGCAAAGAGUAGAUGACCUUUUCUUUGAAAGUACGCAUUUGCCCGGAAAAAGUAGAAGAGUAGAUUACUCCUUCUUCAAAAGUAUUCAUUUGCCCGGAAUAAGGCAGAAUAGUAGAUGGUGCCUUCUUCAAAAGUACGCAUUUGCCCGGAAUAAGGCAGAAAGUAGAUGAUACCUUCUUUAAAAGUACGCAUUUGCCCGGAAUAAGGCGAAAGAGUCAAUUAUUUCUUAAAAACUCGCAGGUGCCCAGAAUAAGACAAAAAGACAAAUGUCUCUUAUGCUCAGGGCCUGAUUUAUGGGGGGGCCGGGGGGGCCAUGGCCCCGGGCCUCCACAAAUCUUAUGUACCUAAACCAACCUUUUUGUACAUAUUGGGGCCCCCACAAGCUGUCGGCCCCGGGGCCCCCUUCCGGCUAAAUCCGGCCCUGCUUAUGCUAAAUGGCCCUAAAACCAUUAUGAUUAUUUUUGUGUUUAUGCCAAACGGUCGUUAUUCCAAAUGGCCUUAUGCCAAAUGGAUACUGCGGAUAGAGUCGCUUUUUUGUUCUCAAGCGAGAGAAGGAAUAUUUUGAAAUCAAUCGCAUAAGCAACAUUAUUUUGUCGUUACUAAGCUGUCUAACAAAUAUAAUGGGGAAAUAUUUGUCACACAAAAUACAUUCACGAAAAGAACAUUAAUCUAUGAAAUGUUCCAGAACAUAAAUAUUCCCAAUUGGUGAACUCGAAUCAAUUCGUCGUCUCACCAGCCAUCAGCCACUUGUAAAAGUAGAACAAGUACACUUCUGCGGGCUACCAUCUCGAACAUCUUCCCGGCACGUCCACCCUCGAAGCCGGUCAAGUGAUAUUGAUAGCAGAUUGUUAGCCAAAACGAAAACAGAAUAUUUUGUCAGCGGUCAGCGAAGGAAAAAUCAGCAGCGAAAUAGUGUAAAAAAAUACAGUAGAAUUAAACUCUUCACGGAUCAUCAGCUAAUAUGCAUUGGUAAAUUCGCAAUGCUCUAACAGCAAGCACCGCUAUAAAUGAGUUGUCUACCGAGCAGACGAGGAAUCACGACUGUUGUAAUAUAAGUAGCACAUGGAAAAAACAUAAAAGAGGCAGCAUCAAGUCAGAAGAACGCAGUAACAAAUCCGGAACAUAGUUUUUCUACUUGUGGAUUUUGAGCACAGGCAAACUCACUGUAGUUCAUAUAAUGCCAUAGUUUUCAUCGUACCUAUGUGUAUGUCAGAACAAAAUGUGGUUCUCAAACCUUCUGAGUUUUUCUCCUACAUCGAUUAACGAUUCCCACCUGCUUCGAUACAACAUUUUUCCGUUUAUGAACCCAGUGAUUAAUUAUGGAGCGUGACCAUUUCGAGUAGAUUUCUUUUGGUAAAUAUUUCUGGCUUAGGUGUUUCGUCGAUCGUUUUAUUGAUAUUGACAGAGUUUUGAGAUAUUUCAAUCUGUCGCUACGGUUUAUUAUUAAUAAUGAAAAAGAAAACGUUCUCGCAAGCUUAACUAUUUGUUAAUUACGCAUACUUUAAACAAACUUAGCAAAGUGCAAUAAUUGAGAUUAUUUCGACUGUUUAUCGUUUCUUGUUUUACGUUCUUUUAAGUCUUUUGGAUUUUUGUUGAAAAGAAAUCCUAAAGUAAAUGUCUUAGAAUUCAAAAAAAAAGUUUAUCUACUUGCAUUCUCAAUAACAAAGCUUACAAUCAAUCGCUGAAUCAAAAUUUCAUACACAUUUCAACAAACGAAACAUUGAAAAUAGAUUCCAAGGUUGACUGUUGUUUUUUUGAGUUUACGUUUUUGAAGCCGCGCGUUGGAUUUCUGAUUGAAUUAUAAGACGUUUUAUCUUGAAGCUAUUGACGACGAUUGAGCCACAAGCUAUCAGUGCAUUUUUGAAAACUUUAUUCAAUAACAAGUAAAGGUCGACCCUAUUCCGUUCCUAAUAAUUCAUCACCGUUCUGUAAUAUUGUACUGCAUUCUAAAAAAACUAUAUAAAGAUUUUUUUUGUUCAAUAGCAAGAAUUUAGCUCGUAAUGAAAAGUGUAAAAAUGUGAACCUAUAGAAUUCCUUAAACUAGUUUAGCUCAGUCAAUCAACCACGUGAAUUCACUGAGCGCCGGUGAAUUUCAGCCAGAGUAAUAGACAGACAUAGGAAACAAAUGGCUGGUGUGUAUAUUCUACAAUCACUCCCUAAAAAUUUUGAAAACCGUAGUGAAAAACUAGUAUUUUUGUUAACUCUUUUUUAGCAAUUUAAAUACAUGUGUAUAUUUAACUAAAUUAAAUAAAAUUUAAAGUAAGCGAAAUCUUUUAAUGUCAAUAAAUAACAGAAUGAUGUUUCUGAAACGUAAAAAACUAUCCUGAAGAGUCAAACGGCAGAAAAAAAGUAACGCGGUAGAGAAGUUAAACUACAUAGUUUAAGGUAAAAAUAUCAAUAGCUGAAAGGAGAAGCAACUAAAAAAACUGCAAAUAUAAUGGAAAUAAUUAAAAGAAAACUUAUGGUAAUUAAAGUACUUUAAGCAUGUAUAGAAUCAAUAUCUUCUUGAAUAAGUUUAAAUAUAAAUAAAAGAAAAUGCGGAAUGACACAGACACAUGGUAAACUUACUUAAUGGAAGUAAAAUUGAGCAAAACUUGAAUGGACAAAAAGAAAUCAAUACAGAUAUUCAAUGAAAAAAGCAAGUAUUUACUUAUGUGAAUAAUGAAAAUUAAUUUAAAGAAAAAUCUAAUAAAACACAAUGAAAAUGA